AUGCGCUGUACACAAAUUUUCUUAUUAAGUUGCCUUGUCGCCGCAGCCUGCGUAUUCGCUCCGACGUCGGCCAAGUGUCACACCUGUGGCCUCAAUGGCAUUGCCUGUGCCAGCGAGAAUACUUUUCACAUCUGUUCCCACGGACUUGCAGACACUUCGCAGAUUUUCACUUGCCCCGAAGCGAAUGUGUGCGUCGGCGACAGCAAUGCGAAAUGCGUGCCGAAUGCGGUGGCCGAUUGUUCGAAGCAACGUAGCCGAUGUGGUGUCUGCGAUGGCAGCAAACUGUUUACCUGUCUCACAUCAACAACAUUUGCGCAAUGUAACAGCACAUUGUUGCUGCGUAGCAUCAGCGGUAGUUGCCCCAGUGGACUGACCUGUGAUUCAUCGAGUCCGGAAAUUUGUGUUGUAGGUGGAGCGGAAUGCUCAUAG